AAUCUACUUUUAGGAUAUGGAGAGGGCAGCUAUCACAUCUCCUUUGGGCAGCAGAAGAGCAACAGGAAUCCCUCGUUCUCAACUACCAUCUCGUUCUUCACGUUUGCCCAGUCCACUUUCUAAAUCUUCAAAGACAUUCAGUCCACAUCAAUCCCAGGCUUCUAUUGUGUUGCCUAACAUAUAUGUGGACAAUUUCAUUCAGCCUUCUAAAAGAACAUCAGCAGCAGAACAUGGUACUUUGGAUAUAAAUACUUUCCCACCUAUUGGCCUUUUGCAGGACACUACAUCCCCAUCCCACAGUGCUGAGUCCUUGCAGGAGAAGACUUUGCAACAUGCAUGGCUAAGAAGCCCAGUAUUGCUGAGAAGACAGGAUCAUUUCACAUCACCAAGGAUACAAAACACUUUGGCUACAGCCCCAAGAUUGCAUUCUCCUUGCCGACUGCCUUCAAAAAGUAAAGCUGGAUCUAAGUCUAAGGUUAUGGAAAAUCAGAAAAGUGCAAUGCACUCAAGCACCCUUAAAUCCCCACUUCGCUAUUCGGGUCAUUCUGUAAUUCCAACAACGAAACAGGGAGACAUCUGGCCAACGCUACCUAUGACCAACCAAGCCAGGGAGAAAUGGCCUUCAGAUGAGACAAUUGAGUUCCCAAAGGAAGAGAGCACAAACCAUUUGUGGAGGGGAAGAGGCACUGUAUCUACAGCAGAAAAAGGAAGGCAAACUGCCCCAUCUCAGAUACUUGUCCACACACUUUCUGAAGGACUUUCCUUCUCCGCUCUUGAUCUGUUGUCUUAUUCCUCUGAUGAGCCAAUGUCUUCAUGGGAUCUUGGAGCAGCAGACAAUAAAGCAGAAGCAGUCAUGUCAGAACUUGUCCCGGAAACUCGACCCAAACCAGCAGUGCCCAUGAAGCCAGUGGGCAUGAACCCCAACCUUUUGGGUUACAUUGGCAUAGACACAAUUAUUGAGCAGAUGCGUAAGAAAACAAUGAAAACGGGCUUCGAUUUUAAUAUUAUGGUUGUUGGACAGAGUGGCUUGGGAAAAUCUACACUGGUGAACACACUCUUUAAAUCCCAAGUGAGUCGAAAAUCUGCAGGUUGGAGUCGGGAUGACAAAAUACCUAAGACAGUGGAAAUCAAAUCUAUCAGCCAUGUUAUUGAAGAAGGAGGAGUAAAAAUGAAGCUCACAGUAGUUGACACCCCAGGGUUUGGGGACCAGAUUAAUAAUGAAAACUGCUGGGAGCCUAUUGAAAAGUUUAUCAAUGAGCAGUAUGAGAAGUUCCUUAAGGAGGAGGUGAAUAUUGCCCGGAAGAAACGUAUCCCAGAUACUCGCGUGCACUGCUGCCUGUACUUCAUUUCUCCUACAGGACACUCCUUAAGACCUCUUGAUCUAGAAUUUAUGAAGCACCUCAGUAAGGUUGUCAACAUUAUUCCUGUUAUUGCCAAAGCAGACACCAUGACCCUGGAAGAGAAAACAGAGUUUAAGCAAAGGGUUCGGAAGGAGCUAGAAGUGAAUGGCAUUGAAUUCUAUCCUCAAAAAGAGUUUGAUGAUGACUUGGAAGAUAAAACAGAGAAUGAUAAAAUUCGGCAGGAAAGCAUGCCCUUUGCUGUAGUUGGCAGUGACAAAGAAUACCAAGUAAAUGGAAAGCGUGUUUUGGGUCGUAAAACCCCCUGGGGCAUUGUUGAAGUUGAAAACCUGGCUCACUGUGAAUUCUCUCUGCUGCGGGACUUUGUUAUCAGGACCCAUCUGCAGGAUCUCAAAGAAGUGACCCACAACAUUCACUAUGAAACUUACAGAGCCAAGCGCCUAAAUGAAAAUGGUGGUCUCCCUCCUGUCAGUGCAGAAAAUGAAGAAUCACAUGACAGCAACAUAUGAACCCCGGGUAUAUUUCAUACCUUGAUGUCUAUCUCGGAUCCUCACAGCAGUGUGUAUGGCAGACACUUCAAUUACUGUCUAGGGCCUUUUCCAUCCUUGGGCUGCCUACACUUGGUGCCUCACCCUUUGGAACAACAAUGUGGUCAUAGUGCAGUCCAUUAUUUGCAGCUCUGAUAACAGUGAACAGACCUGGAUUACAUGGACUGCACAAUACCACAUACUAAUAGGGAGGCAGAGGCAGCUGGAAAAUACUGUGCUAUUUAUUACACUUUCUAUAGAAGAUUUUCACAUUUUAGCCCUUGGAGACUUGUUGCCUUGAAGGAGCACAAUAUUGCAAUUUAGUCAUUUCACACCUAGCCAUUUAUAUAUGAAAGCAUAUCAUUCAUGCCUAUUUGGCAGGCUUUCCUUAAUUCAUUAGUACAUGUAGAUUGAUAGAUACCAUUCAGAUUAGUAACCAAACUACCCAUUACCUAUAUCACUGUCGGCUGCAAAGAGUAUAUCAUUCCAAUGUACAAACAUACUUAUUCCUGCCAUGAUUUGCAAAGCACCACUUAUGCUUAGAAAGGGGACCUCUGGUUCCUUCCUUUGAUAUUGGAGCCAAUUAUCAAUGAGUUUGUUACAUUUAUGAUUAUCAUUUCAUUUUGCACUUUAUCAUUUUUCUAAUAUGCACAAU